UUUCAGAUCCGUUAUUUCGCUACCCCUUACCAUCUCGGGGAAAAAAGUUCGCAAAUCUGACCACGAGGGAGAGUUUGUGUCUCGUAUGAAAAAGGAUUAGUGGUCCUGGACUUUUUGCCUCUUCUAUUUGUGACGAUGGUGCAAUCCGAUAGUCCAGAAGAAUUGGCACAAAGAGCAAAGCCAGCCUGGAGGUUACAACAGAUGCCUGUACAGCUCAGCAAUUUUGUGUCAAAAACACCUUUAAUAGGAUCAGAAUGGCCUCCUACUGGUGAUUGGAGAAGUGCCAACAAUAACAGUCUUGGCGAUUGGAAUAAAUGUUGUGUUCCUGGAUCAGAGAUUCCUCAACACUUAGGUCCAUUUGGCAAUUCAUCAUUGACGAUGCUGACUGCACAACAACCCGGAGAAAAGAUUCAUCCUGAUGGCGGUUAUGUAAGCCCAAAAGAGGACGGCCGAAAAUCCAGUGAACACACGAAUUCGUAUGACGUAUCAGCUUCCCAGUCACCGAGCAACGACGGUGCUCAAUCAGAUAGCACUAGUGAUGAGCAUAUCGACGUUGAGUGCAUGACAGAAACAGAAAUGGAUACUGAUGAAAAGGAUAGCACAAUUAAACCAGAAGACCAAGCAACACCAAAAUUAGAAGAAGGAUCAGAUUCAAAACCAGAAAGUACCAGUGUUGAGGGCACAUCUUCAAAUUACCAGGUUACAAGUGAGCCUGUUCAGAUGCCACAAAUGCCGAUACCAGUUAUACCAUCGUUUUUGAAAAAUAGUCUACCAGCCCCAAUUCCGAUAACGCCGACACAAUCUGCAAAUGUUGAGCGAUCAAAUAGCCCAUCCAUAGAAGAAGCUCUUCUCUUAACACUUUCACAGCAACAGUUUGCGGAAGUGUUUGCUGAGGCUGCAAAGAUCCGAAAAUCGUCAUCCGAAUCAAUUGGAUUCCAGCGUAGUGGAACUUCCGCCUUCUUAAAUAUUGAGCCGAAAGAAAUGAGCAUGUCAUCUGCUAACAACAACAAUGAAGAAGCACCUGCAUCCACAGUCAGUGCUUGUAGCACUCCAACAACCACAACAUCUGCUUCAUUCUGUAGACCUCCAGGUCUUGGACCAGUGGCUCUUCCACCAACUCAAAAUGGUCAGACGCCGAUGCUUGUUUGCCCGAUUUGUGGAUUUAUGUGCCCAUCGAAAUUCCACUUCAACAGUCACAUGAAUACUCAUGGAGACCAUCAGUGUAGUAUGUGCGAUUACACAAGCAGAACAGAAGGCAGGCUGAAAAAACACAUGCGUGAGUCUCACACAGUCGAAGAGCAACUUCGAGCUGGAUUUGAGUCGGAGCCAGCAAAAGAAAGUGCGUCUUCUCCAAAGAAUUUAUCCCUCUCUAAAGAUGGAAGUGCUACAAGUCCAAUCAAUGAAAUAUUCAAUCUUUCAACUACCAUGGCGUCAAUCCUUGAUUCCACCAAUAAUGCUGUCUCUUCCACCUCUACAACGGAACAACCAUCAGCACUUUCUGCCCUAACCUUGGAUAUGUCCUCAACUCCAUCUCUUCUAUCCACGCUUGCUCACUCUAGCUUUGGAGUAUCUGCUUUGGAUCAGAUCAAGGCUAUUUCAGAGAAUCCGAGUUUCAUGCCAGAAGGUGGAAUCAAUUUGGCUUCCGCAUUAGGAGUUGUUUCAAACGCUAUCAAAGGAGACACGCCGUCACCUGAAAAGCAGUCGAAUGGAGAAUGCAGAAGAAGCAGUAGCGGAAAGAUCAAAAUUUUCAAGUGCAAACAGUGCGGACAUCAAAGUCUUUCCAAAGACGAUCAAUGGGCACAUGCAAGAACUCAUAUUCCAGCGGAGAAACAAUUGAACUGCCAGCAUUGUAAUUUUGUAACUGAAUACAAGCAUCAUUUGGAGUACCACUAUCGUAACCACAUAGGGAGCAAGCCAUUUCAGUGCAAAAAAUGCGCCUACAACUGUGUGAACAAAUCUAUGCUUAACUCGCAUAUGAAGAGUCACACAAAUCAUUACCAAUUCAGAUGUAUGGACUGCACAUAUGCCACCAAAUACUGUCAUAGUUUGAAGCUGCAUUUGAAGAAAUACAAUCACAGACGUGUGCCGGAAGGAAUCGAAAUGAGCGGCGGUGAUAGUUCUCCACCAUUCACAUCAGAUGCUACCAUUACAUUCAGUCCACUGAUGAAACAAGAGAUCAAAACCGAAACAGUUGAGCCGGUUACAUCAAUUGCUCAACCAUUCCCAUUCAAUCCGAUGAUGGGAAAUCACGGACUCAACUUUGCGAACCAUAUGCUGCUCAACAAGCAUCUAGACGUUGGGUUGAUGGGAUUGAGGAACUCUGUAAUGUCACCUCUGAAAUGCUCUGCUUGUGAUUUUGUUGCAAGUUCUGCAGACGAAAAAAUGCGGCAUAGUAUGUCUCAUAUUUUGAACUCAUCUAAUGUUCCAACCUCAAUCGCCUCCCUCUACAAUAGUUUGAACCUUCCAAGUUUCUCUCAUGUGGCACCAGAUAAUGACAAUGCACUCGAAUCCAUGGAUUGCGAUGUGAAGAUUGACGAUGACAACAUCACUGAAAGUCAUUGCUAUGAAGAAAUGGACCAGGGUAGUGACUCGGCUGUUUCACCAACUGGCAGUUCACAAAUUUCAUCCGGAGACGAGGAGACGAAAAAGUGCAAAUCGUUGUCGUUAGAGCAAAUAAGCGCAAGGGCUAAUGGAAACAACAGCCCGAUGAGCAACGACAGUGCAAUGGAGAAAGAUGGCGAGAGCGCUGAUGACGCACCACAUUCACCAUCGGAUACAACAUCAGUUCCAUCUCCACCUCUUCAUUCGUCUUCAAUCGUCGCGCCAAUCCCUAUUACUCCACAGCCGAAUGAGUUUUUGCAGUCCAUUCUUGCACAAGCUUCCCUACUCGGCCCCCUACUUGCAAACCGACCUAGUGCAUUUUACUGUGAUCAUUGCAAAAUUCCAUUUGAUACCCAGCAAGUAUUGGACAGUCAUAUGAGAUUCCACACACCAGGGAACCCGUUCAUGUGCAGUGACUGUCAGUAUCAGGCUUUCAAUGAGCUAAGCUUUGCUCUCCACAUGUACCAAGCCAGACACCAAUAAUGAGGACGUCCUCGUUAAGGAAACACUUCCCAUAGCCCCUUACCCUCGUCUAGUGACCCAUUCUGAAAUCGGCAGAUAGACUUUCAUGUAGCUGGUUUAAGUUUUCUCUUCAUUUUCUUUAACUUAUCAAUGUUCGGGCGUUACCACUUUUCUAAUCAUGGCCAGUUUCUUGCACGUACACCUCAACCGUCCAUUUCCAUGAAAUCUCAUACUUGUUACUGUUUUCUUUUACCUCUGAUGUCACAUUUUCUCUCUGUCUCACUUUCUACCUCCAAACAUAUUUUACUACUUGUAUUGAAUGCCAAAAAAUACCAUAUUUAUUAAGGAGCAUUGUUCAUUUACAGUUUUGUACUCUCAGAGCGUGUUAUUAUCUAGAAGCAAUUGUAUACUGUUCUCAGUACAUGUAGUACCUCCCCCAGAAUACUUGUUUCUGUUACUAUGUACCCCUCUUAUUAACUUCGGGAUAUGAAACUUUUUAUGUUUCAUUUUCUAUUGAUUUCAUUUGUUUGUCAUUUUCAAGCUCCUCUUUCCACAUAAGCUUUAACUGCAUGUCUUUCAUUUUUAUUUAUUUCUAUUUGCCAAUUGUUUAACUAUGCACACAUUUGUUUCAUGUUUCUCCAGAGAUAACUUUCCCAAAUUCAAGUUUGCGCCAACUCGUGCUGCUCUUUUAUUGUACGGUUUUAUAACGUUUCCGUCUUGAAAUCAGAGAUUGUAGCCGUUUUUUGAAAAGGAUAUGCCAAAGAAUCGUCCCCCACCCUCUAGUUGUCAUUUGUUAAAUAGCCGAAGUGACCCAACAACCCGCUUUUGUCCCCUCUACUAAUAACCGUUUUAUUAUUAUUAUCACUCAAUAUUUAUCUUUUUAUGUACUUCUUUCACUGCUCCCAUGUCGUGAUUUCUGAUUUCACAUUUUCCAGACUAUCUCGCACUUUCAUUCUACCUCAAUACAUCCCAGCUUUUUUGCCAUACAUUCUCCGAUUCGAAUUCAUGUGUGCUCGUUUAACUAUUAUUACCUGUAUCCACCGAUUACUUUUUUGUUUAUUCGCUCCCUUUUUUCUAUCUCAGGAAUGAUUUAUAGUUUUCAAUUUGUCUUCUCACAACUCAUCUAAACUACUUGUCCGCUACCUUAUGUACCUCAUUGACUCAUUUUGCCAUCACCCAAUACAAUUUAUACCUCAAUACUGUCUCUUACCUGUAUAAUGCCUUCUACCUCCAAUUUUUACCAUCUAUUCUAGUUAAUUACCAUUUUCUACCUCAACCCAUUUUCUAUUAUACAACCGUUCCACCUCAAACUUCAGUGCGUUCUUCUGUCAUCAUGUACAAUUUUCUUUCUUCGAAUUUUGAUUCGAAUGUCAAUUUAUCAAUUUAUAAAAACUCCAAUAAAAAAGCAUCUUGAA